CACAAUGAGCGGACGAACAAAGAAGGAAGCCGGAAGCCAAAAACACGAAAAGAGAGUCUUUUGCUCCCCUCUUCCUCUCUCUCUCUCUCUCUCUCUCGCUUUCUCUCUCUCUCCCAUCUGUCUUGUUGAUCCAACUUCAACGUACGCUUGUCCACCAUUCCCCCAAAUCUUUAUGUCAUUUGAUGUCAUUCUUCUUUCUUUCGUUAUGAGUCCGAGAGAAGGGAGGAGGCCACGGAUCGAUCGGUGGUUUUGAAGGUGGAGCCUCUCUAGUCUUUCUUUCCUUUCUUCUUUACCCUCCUCAGCGGUGAUUGAUCAGGGGUGAUGAGAUCGGAGAAGGAGCGGCAGCGGCCUUCUCGAGGAAGAAUCGGAGGAGGAACGAUAGGGGUUUGAUUGAUGUUAGGUGAAGGCGUCGGCGCCGGCGUGGGCUGGGAGGCGAAUCAUCAUCUUCUCAUCGAUGGAGACGUGGUGGUUGCCGAGGAAUGCCGCUUCUGAUGCUCCGCUUCCUAAUUCUACCCGACUGUCCUCUCAGAUGGAAUGGCAGAUCCGGCCAAUUAUGGGAACCCCGACCGUGACAUACAACAAGCACUCGUUGCAUUGAAGAAAGGCACCCAGUUAAUUAAGUAUAAUCGGAAAGGAAAGCCUAAACUCUGCCCCUUCAGAAUUUCUAGUGACGAGACAACACUGGUUUGGUUUUCUCAUAAGAAAGAGAGGGCUAUUAAAUUGGCUUCUGUCACACGAAUUGUUCCUGGACAGAGAACUGCUGUUUUUAGGAGAUACUUGCGGCCUGAGAAAGACUACUUAUCAUUUUCUCUUAUCUAUAACAACGGUGAAAGAUCUCUUGAUCUGAUUUGCAAGGAUCAAGGUGAGCUAGAGGUGUGGAUUACGGGCCUUAAGGCUCUGAUAUCUACAGGACAACAUCAACAUUCUAGAACUGAUAGCCACAGUGAUGGGGUUUUCUUCUCUGAUGAUGGAGACUCUGUUUCAAGUGGUCGUCCUUAUGGUGUAACAUUAGAAAGCACUUUGAGCAUAUCCCGUGGCUUCAGCACAAAAUUUCAUAAUCGUGAUAUUUCAGCGAGUUUACCAAGGUCAGAUGUGGGGUCAGAUAAUGCAAAUAUGCAACUAAGAGCAAGUAACGGAGAUGGUGUACGGCUUAGUGUUUCAAGUGCCCCUAGUUCUUCCAGUCAAGGUUCUGGACCCGAUGAUAUUGAAUCUUUAGGUGAUGUUUAUGUGUGGGGGGAAGUAUGGUCUGAUGGAGUUUUGUUAGAUGGAUCAACAAACUCAAUAUGUUCAAGAACUGAUGUUUUAAUUCCAAGAUCCUUAGAAUCGAAUGUAGUUUUAGAUGUUCAUCAAAUUGCAUGUGGUGUUAGACAUGCUGCACUUGUUACAAGGCAAGGGGAAGUAUUUACUUGGGGUGAUGAAUCUGGUGGGCAACUAGGCCAUGGAAAUGACAAAGAUGUAAGUCGGCCCCGUCUUGUUGAGUCGUUGGUACUAUGGAAUAUGGAUUAUGUUGCAUGUGGUGAGUAUCAUACUUGUGCUAUAUCCACUGCCGGUGACUUGUUUACAUGGGGAGAUGGCACCCAUAAUACUGGACUUCUUGGUCAUGGCAAUGAUGUCAGCCACUGGAUACCAAAAAAAGUUUCUGGCCCUCUAGAAGGACUUCAAGUUCUGUCUAUUGCAUGUGGUACAUGGCAUUCGGCACUAACUACUUCCAAUGGAAAAGUAUAUACAUUUGGAGACGGAACAUUUGGUGUCCUUGGACAUGGUGACCGAGAGACUGUAGCAUGCCCCAGGGAAGUGGAAUCUUUGAGUGGAUUAAGGACAAUCAAGGUUGCAUGCGGAGUGUGGCAUACUGCAGCCAUCGUAGAGGUAAUGGGGCAAACUGGUGUCAAUGUCAUAUCUCGUAAAUUAUUUACUUGGGGUGAUGGUGACAAAUAUCGUCUAGGUCAUGGUGAUAAGGAAGCACGUUUGGUCCCUACUUGUGUUCCUUCACUUAUUGACUAUAACUUUCAUCAGCUGGCCUGUGGGCAUAACAUAACUAUUGGCCUCACCACUUCUGGUCAUGUUUUCACACUGGGCAGUACGUCUCAUGGUCAGCUUGGAAACCCACAAUCUGAUGGCAGGGUUCCUUGCUUGGUACAAGAAAGACUGGUUGGUGAAUUAGUUGAAGAGAUUGCUUGUGGAGCUUACCAUGUUGCAGUACUAACAUCACGCAGUGAAGUAUACACAUGGGGCAAAGGUUCUAAUGGCCGACUGGGACAUGGUGAUACCGAAGAUCGGAAAACACCUACCCUUGUUGAAGCUCUUAAAGAUAGGCAUGUGAAAAGUAUAUCAUGUGGUUCAAAUUUUACAGCUUGCAUUUGUAUCCAUAAAUGGAUAUCUGGUGCUGAUCAGUCACUUUGCUCAGGUUGUCGACAAGCAUUUGGUUUUACUAGAAAGAGACACAACUGCUAUAAUUGUGGAUUGGUACAUUGCCAUGCUUGUAGUUCCAAAAAAGUGUUGAAAGCUGCACUGGCACCAACUCCAGGCAAACCACAUCGUGUAUGUGAUUCUUGCUAUUCAAAACUUAAAGCUGCUGAAGCUGGUACUUUCUUGAUAGGUAAUAAGAAGAAUGUAAUUCCUCGUCGAUCCAUUGAUAUCAGGGAAAAGUCAGACCGAGGGGAUAUAAGACCUUCAAAAUUCCUAUUAUCAUCUAAUACAGAACCACUCAAAUAUGUUGAAGCUAAAUCAAUGAAGACUGAGACUAAAUCAGAUCCUUUGUCAAUACUGAGAGCUCCACAAGUUCCCUCGCUAUUGCAGCUGAAAGAUCUCUCUUUUACCAGCUCAUUGAGUGCUCUUCAAACCGCUUUAAAACCAAUUGUAACAUCGACACCUCCACCUCCUGUAAAUUCUAAGCCUACAUCACCCUACUCAAGAAAGCCAAGCCCUCCACGCACUGCAACUCCAGUAUUCUCCAAAAGCAUUAUUGAUAGCCUCACAAGGACUAAUGAACUACAAAAACAGGACCUCCAAAAGUUGCAAGCCCAGGUCAAAAAUUUGAAAAAAAGAUGUGAAGUACAAGAACUUGCCUUGCAGAAUUCAGAAAAGAAAGCUCAAGAUGAAUCUGCCAAAUUCAAUGCUGCUGUAGAAGUCAUCAAGUCUCUUGAUUCUCAGCUGACGGACAUAGCAGAGAAACUACCUCCCGAGUUCCGUGACAGCUUGGGCGUCAUGCAUGGUCAAGCAGAAACAUUCCUUAAGCAUAGUGAACAUGUCAGAUCAGACUUUUCAUCUUCGACAAUGGAUUCUUCAUCUAAUUUUCAAUCUCACCUGACAAAUGAGGGAAUUGACACUAGGUAUGAGUUGGAAUUAUCACAGAGUGCUAUUGAAGGUGGUGCUCAAAACAAUAGUAAGUUAGGUGUUCCUGAUAACAGAGAAUCUACUUCGCAACAUAGCAUUGACAAUGGCUUAAAAUCACCUCCAAGUUCUAGGCAAAGCACUGAUGGAGAAGCCGAAUUGGUUGAGCAGUUUGAGCCUGGUGUAUACAUCACUUUCAUUCAACUAAAGAACGACAUCAAAAUGUUCAAACGGGUCCGAUUCAGCAAGAGAAGGUUUGCCGAGCAACAGGCAGAAGACUGGUGGAACAAAAACAAAGAAAGGGUAUUCAAGAAAUAUAGUUAUCCAGGGCAGGCCACUACCACAUUACCCACGAGUGCACCAAACGAGGAGGAAGAUGCAACACCAUCCUCCUAGACUUAGCUGUUCUCGUUGAUAGGAAGGAGCAGUGGUGAGAAGAGACAAAAGGCACAAACUGACAGUGCAAGCUUCAUGGCUUAUGGAAGACUUCCUAUUUAGUUGGCAAUAUUCUACUGCUAAUCAAGGGCUAGAACUUCUCAAGAGAUAGAGAUGGCAAUCUAGACAAGAAGCUUUGUUUAGUCAUAUUUUUCCACCAUUGUUCUUUGUAACAAAUCUUCUACUCGUGGGUUGUAUCAUUGUAUAGGUUCAUUCAACUUAUCAUCCAAAAGUUGCAUUAUAUGCAUCAUAAAAAUGUAAUAUACUGUAUUCUCUCCUUUAGGGCAGUGAAUGAUGAUAAGAAUGUGCAUAGAAUGUCAGAGAUUAUUUGAUUACGUAUUGUUUCCCUCUGUAGAGAGGACCCUUCA